CCAAGCGAAUUAUCUUACAAGCUACCAUACAAGAUGUCGUCCUCCAUUGCUGUUUUUGUGUUGAUUUAUGUGGCCAUUGUUCACACUUACAGACUGUAUAUACCCGCCAUAUCUAAGUUGAUUUUGAAGAAACUCAAGUUGGUCUCUGCACAAAAUGAAGACAAGAGAAAGGCAUUACAAGAUCUUCUGGAUCAGCAAUCCGAGAUUGACAUGAAAGAAGAAUUUGCAAAGUACGCCAAGAUUGAACGGAAGAUCAUUAAACUCAAAGAGGAAUUGAAAUCUUUAAAAAAGUCUCAAGUUGCAACCAGAUUUACUGUCAGCUGGGGUAUCACAUUAGCUUUGAACACCAUCUAUAGCGUUUUCAUGAUUGGCCUGAUCUGGAGCUACCGCUAUGAGCCCGUCAUUCUCCUGGAGGAGGAGUGGGCCUGGCCUUUCGGGCGGAUCCUGGCCUUCCCCUGCGGCAUUCCUGGGGCUGUAGGCAUAACCGCCUGGUUAGCUGUGUGCUCGGCGAUGGUUGCACGGCUACAGGGAUCCGUCCAGUACUUUUUUCUAGGAGACAGGACCAGUUCAAAGACGUCUUGAAGGUACAGAGAUAUGACUGACUGAAUGACAAAGAUGUGUUUAGGACUUUAGGUACUGUCUGUGUGUAGAGGUCAAUGGUAGACCUUGAUCUCAAGACUUUGAUGCAUGUUUGAUGUCUGUGUCCCAACCCAAAGGCUGAAUGUGAAAUAAAUGUGUCUCCUGGGCGGCGUUUCACAAAACUUGUCAUCAUUGACGAAUAACAGUUUUUGUUAUAAGCUACUGAAAUCCUUGAUUCUGAUUGGUUAUCAGCAGAUUUGUCACUGAUUUAUGUCAUUUGCCAUUGAAAAAAGACUUUGUGUAACGGGUCCCUGGUCUUGUCCUCAAGAUCUCAAGUCUUUACUACAGCACUAGAAGUCGUAACCCAUAGUUCUUUUUGAAGCAUGAGAACAAGGCGUCAA